AUGUCUCAACCGACCACCACACCCCCCCUCCAACCUCCUCAUGCCACCGCCGCCGCCCAAGUCGGACAGUCCUCCACCUCUCCCGCCAGCGCCGCCGAACUCGCCAGUCUUAAAGUAAAGCUGCGCGGGGCGUUGCGCCAGUUCCCCGACUUCCCGUCCCCCGGCAUCUUGUUCGAAGAUAUCCUCCCGAUCUUCGCCGAUCCUACGCUGCACGAAGCCCUCGUCCGCUGCUUGGAGUUGCACAUCCUCGCCAGCAACGGCAACCAGAAGCCCGAUGUGAUCGUGGGGCUGGAGGCCCGUGGUUUCCUGAUGGGACCCAGCUUGGCCCUGCGCAUGGGCGCCGGCUUCGUCCCCGUCCGCAAGCAGGGCAAGCUCCCGGGCCCCUGUGCGACCAAGGGCUACCAGAAGGAAUAUGGCGAGGACUUCUUCCAGAUGCAGUCCGAUGCCAUCAAGCCCGGUCAGAAGGUCAUCGUGGUGGACGAUAUCAUUGCGACUGGCGGAUCUGCUUAUGCGGCUGGUGAACUUAUCAAGGAUAUGGGCGGUGACCUGAUGGGCUUCGUGUUCCUCCUCGAGCUCGAGUUCCUCAAGGGACGGGACAAGCUGCCCGCUCCCGUCUACACGCUUCUCACCGGCCAGGAGGAGAAGAUGGCUUAA